AUUUUCGAAUUUAUAAAUUAAUUUUAUCAAUCAAUAAUGCUGAACGUGGAUAUUGGUGCUUAUAAACGAGAUCUCGAGACUUCAUGGAUCUACCAGUUUGCCCAAUUUCUAAUCGAUCAUUGGAUUGCCGUAUUGAUAACUAUUGUCAUCUUUGUCGUGAUUCGCGCAUUGUUCAAUAACGUCGUUUUUCCGUAUUAUUUUGAAGAAUUUAAAAAACUUUACGGGUUUGAGAAGACCUUGUCAAAUAUGAAGGAUGUUUUGGAGGAGGACUUUUCGGAUUUAUGGCAUGAAAGUGAAUUUUGCAUGGCUUUUUUGGCGCUCCAAGACGAACACCAACGCUUCACCCGUCUGGCGAAAAGCAACUCGAACGGCGAAAAUCCACGUAGAUUUCAUUGGGCAAAUCGAUACGCGAGAAUUCACAUUAAAUAACCAUAAAAGUUACAAUUUUGAGCAAUAAAAAUCAUAUAAAAAUGACUA